CUUCCCUGCAUAAUAGUUUUAUAAUGAAGCCGCCGUCCCCAGACAGAUAACAUUUACAGUUGUUUCCCUGCUCCUCUGCGUCAAUAGCACUUCCCCAAAGAUAACGCAUCGUGCACAGGUGUUUGCUCCACUUGCGAAUUAGCAUGUUUAUCUGUGAAUCGUUUGCAUGAACGCAAACAUGUGUCUCGCCCAAAGUAUGCACUCGGUGCAGCAUAUCUCUGUUGACUCUGUGUCGAGCAGCAGCUUCACCGACACCUAAAAAAAAAGAUGAAUCUCACCACUGCAGACAAGUGCUGCGCCUUCGAGUCGCCCAUCCUGGAUCAAGUUUUGCCUCCGAUUCUGGUCUUGGAGUUCAUGUUUGGGCUUAUGGGGAACUUUGUCGCUUUGUGGAUGUUCAUCUUUCACAUGGACACAUGGAAGCCCAACGCGGUGUACCUGACUCACCUGGCUGUCGCAGACUCCAUCGUGCUGUUCUGCCUUCCUUUCAGGGCCGACUACUACCGGCGUGGGAAAAACUGGCUGUACGGCGACGCUUUGUGUCGCAUCUUGCUCUUUCUGCUCGCAGCAAACCGUGCAGCCGGGAUCUUCUUCCUCACCGCGGUGGCUGUGGACCGAUACUUCAAGAUCGUCCACCCAAGGAACCGGAUCAACCAGAUGGGCCUCGGCUACGCUCUCUGGGUCUCCCUCGGCCUCUGGGGUUUGAUCUUUCUCGCCACCGGCUACCUUCUCGCCAACGAGCACUUCUUCUACAACGGCAACCGAACCCAAUGCGAGAGUUUCAACAUCUGCAUGGGCUUCAGUCCGCUCUCCACCUGGCACAACACCUUUUACGUCACCCAGUUCUUCCUGCCGACCUCAAUCGUCGCCUUCUGCACCAUCCGAAUCACGUGGCAGCUGAGGAUCCGAACCGUGGACAAGAAGGGGAAAAUCAAGCGGGCCGUGCAGUUCGUCAUGGCCGUGGCCUUGAUCUUCAUCACCUGCUUCUUCCCCAGCACCAUAUCUCGCAUCGCCGUGUGGAUCCUCAAAGCGUGGUACGACGAGUGCAAGUACUUCCAGGAGGCCAACCUGGCGUUCUACACGUCGGUGUGUUUCACAUACUUCAACAGCGUCCUCAACCCCGUCGUGUAUUAUUUCUCGAGUCCGGCCUUCAGCGGCACCUUCAAAAAGCUCCUGAAUAAACUGCUGAGGAGGAGCGAUGACGAAGAACAGAAGGAGCCGGCUGAGAGCGGCGUUUCCACCGUCGAUGGUAGAAAGGUGUGAAGCCAGCUGAUGUUUGUGUUGUUUAAUAAACUCUGAUGAAUCCAUAAUGUUAAAGGCCCGGCUACUGAGAGAUUACCAUUAUUUUUAUGAUUAUAAUAUUUAUAGAAUUUGAGGACA